AUGGCACGACCAGCUGCUGAGGUCCGCGAACCUAGCUCCACGAGAUCUUCCUCAACUAGCUCUCAAGAAAGGACAGUCUACGAAGAUGACACCGACUUCUUCACAGCAGCCCGAAAUGACUCUCAGUCAUCGUUAGGGCCGACCUUAUGUGACGUUCCGUUCAGUCCUGACUCCGAAGAAUCAGAGCGCCUCAGAAUAAUCUCGCCAAUCAGUCGUCUGCCUCCCGAGCUAUUGAUAGCUGUGUUUGCACGCCUGAACUCAAGUGCGGAUUUGCGAAGCUGCAUGAUUGCGUCGAAGACAUGGGCAAGGAACAGUGCCGAGAUGCUAUGGCAUAGACCGUUGUGCAAUACGUGGCAGAACCUCACGAACGUUUCGCUCUCGAUACAGAAGCCCGACGGAUAUUUCCCUUACAAUGCCUUAGUCAGGAGGCUCAACCUGUCCAACCUCAAUGAACAGAUCAAUGAUGGAUCGGUCCAGCCUUUCAUGGCUUGCAAGAGAAUCGAGAGGCUUACGUUGACUGGGUGCAAGAAAUUGACAGACUCUGGAGUCUGUUCGUUGAUAUAUGGAAGCAAGAGCCUCCUUGCUCUUGACAUUACUGGCCUGGAUAGUAUUACGGACCAUACACUGAAAGCUGUUGCUGAAAACUGCAUGCGGUUGCAAGGGUUGAACAUCACGGAUUGCUCGAAGGUCACGGAUGAGUCCUUGAUUGAAGUUGCCGAGAACUGCCAUGCAUUAAAGAGGUUGAAACUCAACAAUUGCUCCCUCGUCACGGACGAGUCUAUUCUUGCGGUUGCCGAGUCUUGCCCAUCGAUGCUUGAAAUUGAUCUACACCAAUGUCGACAGGUGACAAACGCGUCGAUCACUGCAUUGAUACGACAGGGACGACAAUUGAGGGAGCUUCGCGUAGGUCAUUGCCAUAUGUUGACGGACAACGCGUUUCUGGAAUUGCCAAAGAAUAUAGCGUUCGAUAGUCUGCGCAUUCUCGAUCUCACAGCAUGUCACCAUCUUCGAGAUGAAGCUAUCGAAAAGAUCAUAGAUGCCGCACCUCGCCUACGAAACCUCGUCUUGGCGAAAUGCAGAGAGAUAAACAGAUCGAGCCGUCAUUGCAUCCAGAUCACCGACACGGCUGUCAUGCAGCUAGUCAAGGUGUGCAAUAGGAUACGAUAUAUUGAUCUGGCAUGUUGCCAGCGCUUGACAGAUCAGAGCGUGAAACAACUAGCGACCUUGCAGAAGUUGAGGAGGAUAGGUCUCGUCAAAUGUCAGCACAUUACAGACCGAAGCAUACGGGCGCUUGCACAACCCAUCAUGGAUCUACGGCAUCCAGAGCAGAGGCAGAAGCAAGUUCCAAGUCUGCUUGAGAGGGUGCAUCUUAGCUAUUGUACGAAUUUGACUAUACAGGGCAUACAUGCUUUGCUCAACCACUGCCCAAAGCUCACACAUUUGAGCUUGACAGGUGUGGAAGCAUUUCACAAUGACCCCGCUCUUACUUCCUUUUGCAGAGAAGCACCGCCAGAGUUUACAGAGCAUCAACGGCAUGUUUUCUGCGUCUUCUCUGGUGAUGGCGUGAACCGCUUACGCAAUCACUUGAACGAAUCUUCCGCAGCUCUCUAUGACACUGAGGGUACUAUGUACGACGACCGCGAUCCUGACGCAGAUAUGGAUGCCGAGGCAGGGCAGGUAGCAGGACUAAUGCAUGCCACGGGUAUCAACGAUGACGAUGAAGAUAUGGAUGAAGUGGAAGCUGCUGAAGGGAGUCAGUAUGGUGGCUCUGGGGAAGGCUGA